UGCUGUCAAUUUCGAAUUGUUGAUCAUUGAUUUUAUGAAUUCCCUGUGAUUGUAUCGUGCAUUCAUCCAGAAAUAAACUUGCAACCAUUGACCGUUAUCAAAACUGAGAAUUACGGCAGUACGGAGUCUGACAGUAGACUGAUAAUGAACAAUAAAGAGUAGGAUAAGGCGUAAUCAUUUGAAGGCAAAUUGCCUGUUGGGUAUAACUUGUCGCAUUCAUCACAUCAGUGAAAAAAGAAUUUCGACUGGGCAGCAAUCAUUCAAUGAGCGCUCUCCUCAAAAUGGGCAAACGACAGCUUUUCCUGAUGUCCUCUUCGGCCGUUCACGGUUACGAGUACUUACAACACGCAGAGAAAGACAUCAGUGCUUACUUUAAGAAAAACAAUGUCAGCAAAGUACUGUUCAUUCCUUACGCUCUAUCCAAUCACGCCGGUUACACGGAAAAGGUUGGCACGGUUCUCAAACGGUGGGGUUUCGACUGUGAAGGUAUUCACACUCACAACAAUCCUGUGCAAGCGGUGCGUGAAGCUCAGGCGAUUUAUAUCGGUGGAGGGAACACAUUCCUACUGCUCAAGUCGCUAUACGACAAUGGAUUGGUGGAACCAAUUCGGGACCGUGUGCUGAUAGAGGCGGUACCAUAUGUGGGUAGCUCUGCGGGGACUAACGUUGCCACCAGAAGCAUUCAUACGACGAACGAUAUGCCGAUUGUAUAUCCGCCGACAUUCGAUGCCUUGGGUCUUGUUCCGUUUAACAUCAAUCCACACUAUCUGGAUCCGGACGUGAGUGGAACACACAAAGGUGAAACCAGGCAGGAACGGAUCGAGCAGUUUCAUGAGUUGAAUGAAGCGCCAGUGUUGGGUUUGAGAGAAGGUUCAACAUUGUUGUUGGACGGAGAUAAUGCGAAGUUGAUUGGGACUUCGUCGGCACGGUUGUUUCGGCCCCAGAAGGAUCCGGAAGAGUUUGAGAGCGGUGCGGAUUUAAGCUUCCUGUUGGCGGGGAAUUAAAGCACUACAGAAAUGAUUAUUUCAAAUAAAAUGUUGACCACAUUAUUUUAUUUUCAUACGAUCGAAAAUAUAUUUCAAAUAUAAAAUAAAAUAAAGAUCUAUUGGACACUUGGAUAGAUGUAAGUUUACGACGAAAAGGUUCUCUCAUGGAUACUUGUUUGAUGCUACGAAUCAAAACCGAAGCAUCUGCGUUAUAACGCGUACGAACAUUGUAACCUUGCAACAAGUACUGUAUUCCAUAUUGCUCUUUUUGGCCAUUGGUCUGACGACACGCGGUAGCUUCAAGAUAGUGUCGGAUUCCUUGAUCGUUCGCGUAUGAUUCGAACUGAUCCAAGGUGAAAACGAUACCCCGGUAUUGGAAGAUUUGACGUACAACACGUGAAAAAUUACGAUUCCAAGUAUUCCAUCGCUCCACGUGUUUUAGUUUUUGUCGGAUAAAACUUUUAAAAAAUCAGAAAACGUUGACUUCAGUGAAAAUAUGUUCAUUCUUGUCCUUCAUAUUGUCCAACGGUCCCAAAUAAUUGAUAUAACUUGUUGUGAGAUAUACAGGGUGUUCAAAAAAUUCGAACACAACUUUUCAUCGUUGUGAAGGUGCGCACCAUGUGCAUUCUGUGUAUUGGUAUUGGUGUCAGCUAUAGCCUAAAGGUGGAAACAGAAUGCUGCGUUGUGCGUUGCUUCUCAUCAGCUGUCAUUGCUUGCGUUUUGUACUAAAACAUUCGCCCGACGUAGUCUGCUGAUUUGUAAUCACAGGGCCCUAUUAUAGAAAUCGAAGCGAUAAGAAUUUUGCUCGUUAGCUUUAUUUUACUACUAUAGAAAUCGAGCAAUUCGAUAGCACCGAGCGAGUGAUAGCUACCCACUCUACAUUAUUGUGCCAGAUUGGUCCCAACAAAUGGUGUCGACAACGAUGCCAAUGUCGUGCCAUUUUGCAAUGAUUCUAUCGACCUAUCCUUCGUAUUUGACAACUAAUUACGAGCCAACGUUGGCACCAACCUGGCACCAAGUCGGUCGAUUGCCAAACUGCUCGUCCCUUAUUAUAGCUCUAAUCGAUCUAAAGAAAAUCAUAUAAAAUAUAAAAAUGAAAACCCACUCUACUUUGUUGUGCCUAAUCGGUCCCAGAAAAUGGUGUCGACAACGGUGCCGAUAUCGUGCCACUUUGCAAUAAUUUUGUCGAUCUAUCCUUUGUAUUUGACAUCUAAUUACGUGCUAACACUGUGCCAAUCUGGCACGACGUCGACCUAUUGCAACACUGCUCGACCGGUACCGUUACAUUGUAUACAAAGGUGAAACAUAAGAAAACAAAGUAAAUAAACAUUGAACCAUUUUAUUUUUAAUUUAAUUUGUACAUAUUUAUACUGAUACUAUCACUAUGCAAUAUGACUAUACUAUGAUAUACAUAACUAUACUACAGAAUCAACGACUAUACAAUAAAAUGUUAUAGCAUUAGUAAAUUUCCUCUCAGCUCAUGUUUGUAUUGGUUCGAGAAUUUACAGUAUACUGAUAAAACAUUUCGAGCCAUCAUAAUUCUAUUCCAAGUGAUUCCAUCCAGUCCAAUACUCGUGUAAUGCUUUUCUAAUUUAGACGAGGUAAAUUCACACUGAAAUAUAAAUGUAUUCACAAAUUGGUUCUAAAAAAUUUUGUAAAUAAAUAUUACAUGUAAUGCAUUCGCUGAAUUGGUGACACCGGCAACUGACGAAGCAGUUCAAAUGUGAAAGUUAGGAAGUGGCAGAAACAAUGCGGUAUAUUCUGAAAUAAAAUACACGUUAGUCCAUCCUUUCAUUGAAUAUAUUUGAUUGCUGUUACCAUUGUUUUAUGAUUGUUGCCGAUUCAACCUAUUUUUUGUUUUCACAUAUGAAGAAUAUGUGUAACUGUUGCUUAGAGACAAUCUGUUCUAGAAAAAAACAUGCUGUCAAUGCAAUCAUUAGCAUAUUCUUAAAUAUACAUACCUGAUUAAAGACGCGCAACCCAAAGCCACCUUAUUUGAAUUAUAUAGUUUCCUUUAAUUCUUUAUCCUGAAUGUAUCCAUAGUUCCGUACAAGACGCUCGAGGUGUAAAGCAGCACAUUUUCACAGCGACAUAGCCGGAAUAGCAGUAUCGUUACGGCAAUCAUUGGCAGCAUUACAUGAAAAAUAUCAAGUCUCCUUAUUCCUUUUAUUUCGUAGACACCAAAUCACGAGUGGAUAAC